UUUUGUCUUUGGUAUAGAGAGCCAGAAAAAAUCUUGGCCAUAGAUUUGUCAUCUGUUUUCGAUUCGUUUUGAUUCUUACUUUAUCUUCUUCUUCUUCUUCUUUUUGAAUCUUUUAUCUUCUCACUCUUCUUUUUCACUUUUGGGAAGCUCGAAGAGCUGAGGAGUGAGAGAGAGAAGGAUCUUUGAAGUCGCCGGGAUUGUUGAACCGGAGCUCCGACUAUUCUCUCUCUUCUACUUUUCUUCCUUCUUCGUCUUCGUCUUCUUCUUAAUCGCUUUAUGCUCUGUUUCUCUGGUUCAUCAAGCUUCAUCUACUGGCUCUCUCACAUAUUGAUUUCUCACAAUUUCAUCUAUUUCCAUGCGUUUAAGGCCUAAAAGGACUUGUUCUAGUGUCAACAAUUUUGGAGGACUUUUCUUGUUCUUGAGAGAGUUCAUUUGUUGAUUUGAAGCUUUUUCUGGGAAUUUUGAGAGAAGUUCUUUAGGGUUUUAGGGGGUUUGGUUUGAAUUUCGCACAUCAAGUGUUCGAUAAAAUGGCUGAACGAAAGAAGCGCUCUUCUAUUCAAACCAAUAAACCCCACAAAAAACCCAUGAAGAAGAAAACUUUUCAGCUAAAUCACCUCCCAGGUUUAUCUGAAGAUUUGAAGACUAUGAGAAAACUCCGUUUCGUUGUGAAUGAUCCUUACGCUACUGACUAUUCAUCAAGCGAAGAAGAUGAAAGGGUUCAGAGAAGGAAACGUUAUGUCUGUGAGAUUGAUCUUCCUUUCGCUCAAGGCGCUACUCAAGCAGAAUCUGAAAGCUCAGUUUGUCAGGAGAGUAGUAAUAAUGGUGGAAGCAAAUCCAAAAUCUCAGCUUGUAGCAAAAAGGUUUUUAGCAGCAAAGUGUCGCCGGUCGUUGGACGUUCUUCUAGUGUCUCGAAGCCUGUUGGUGUUAGGCAGAGGAAAUGGGGUAAAUGGGCUGCUGAGAUUAGACAUCCAAUCACUAAAACUAGAACUUGGUUGGGUACUUACGAGACGCUUGAACAAGCAGCUAAUGCUUAUGCUGCUAAGAAGCUUGAGUUUGAUGCUUUGGCUGCAGCCACUUCUGCUGCUUCCUCUGUUUUGUCAGAUUCAAAUGAGUCUGGUUCUAUGAUCUCAGCUUCAGGGUCUAAUGUUGAAGCUGUGUCAAGCAUUGAUCUUGACAAGAUGCUAGUUGAUUCGACCCUUGAUCCGCAAGCUGGUGAAUCGAAGAAAGCGACUUUUGAUUUCGACUUUGCAGAUCUACAGAUUCCUGACUUGGGUUGCUUCAUUGAUGAGUCAUUAAUCCCAAAUGCGUGUGAGCUUGAUUUUCUCUUAACAGAAGAGAACAACAACCAAAUGUUGGAUGAUUACUGCGGCAUAGAUGAUCUGGACAUCAUUGGUCUUGAAUGUGACGGUCCAAGCGAACUUCCAGACUAUGAUUUCUCAGACGUGGAGAUCGAUCUUGGUCUCAUUGGAACCACCAUUGAAAAGUACGCUUUCGUUGAUCAUAUCGCAACAGCCGCUACCACUCCUCUUAAUAUCGCGUGCCCAUAAGUUUUGCAGCUAGGUGUUAUUAUUAGCUAUAGGAGCAACGUAAAAAAGCUCUUUCGGUUUUGUCUAAAGUUAUUACAGUACAGCAGAGGCAGUUAAUCUCAGGGGAAGCAAUAACCCUAAAGAUAGAAGCAGAUGCAGUUUUGUGUGUUGGUGUUACUAAAGAAAGUUUUGUUGACAUAAUGGUUUUGAUGUUGUGGAGAAGAUAGAGAGGUGAGAUCGAAAUUGUAAACCUCAGGUGGGGUUUUCUGAAGGCAAUUGUUUCUCAUUUAGGUGUUUAUUCUAAAUGAGGAUUGUCUUUGAAAAGCCCUUUAGAUGUUUUCGAUUUCGUAAGCUUUCUCUCAAUCUUUGUAAGUUUUGCCUGUUGAGUUAUUGAUAUAUAUGUGAGACCUAGUUUAUUUGUUUUGUGCUACAAACAUAAUGGUUUCUUCUUCUGCUCUUUUAA